GUUGUUGUACUCGAGAGUCACACACACCAUAACCAUUAAAUAACAAACUCUUCCUAACGAACUGUACUGGCCGUUGGUCUCUUCUCUCUCCAUCCAUUUCUCAAACAAAAACUUUCUCUGAAACAAACACUCAAGAACCAACAAAAUAAUCCCAUCUUUAAAUUUUAUUCCUUUACAAUUUUCAAAUAUCAUCCAUCUUGUAAUUUUUGCUCAUUGGUUCGUAAAUCUAUGUUUUUGAUUCAUUCUUAAUGACAAUAUUAAUUAUGAUCCUUAGUUUUUGAGAGGGGGUGGAUUUUUUAUUUUGAUUUUGGAAAAAAUGUCAAAUAAUUAUGUAGAUUUCAAUCAGAAGAUUGAUUAUGUGUUUAAGAUUGUAUUGAUCGGAGAUUCAGCUGUCGGGAAAUCUCAAUUGUUGGCAAGAUUUGCAAGAAAUGAGUUUUGUGUGGAUUCCAAAGCCACAAUUGGUGUUGAAUUUCAGACCAAAACUCUUUCUAUUGAUAAUAAAACUGUCAAGGCACAAAUUUGGGACACUGCUGGCCAAGAAAGGUACAGGGCAGUAACAAGUGCAUAUUACCGCGGAGCAGUAGGCGCAAUGUUAGUUUACGACAUGACAAAGCGCCAGUCAUUCGAUCAUAUGGCGAGAUGGCUGGAGGAAUUAAGAGGACAUGCUGAUAAGAACAUUGUGAUAAUGCUGAUAGGCAACAAAUGCGACUUAGGAAGUCUCCGAGCUGUUCCUGUCGAAGACGCACAGGAAUUUGCGCAACGAGAGAAUCUUUUCUUCAUGGAGACAUCGGCUCUUGAGUCGACGAACGUUGAAACUGCAUUUUUGACAGUGUUAACGGAGAUUUACCGAGUGAUCAGCAAGAAAACUCUUACUGCCAAUGACGAGGUAGAUAGUAGCGGGACAUCCGGUCUUUUAAAAGGAACAAGGAUCAUAGUUCCUGGUCAGGAUCAGGCUCCAUCAAAGAAAGGUGGCUGUUGCUUGUCAUCGUAGAUUUUAUAUUUAUGUACAAACCAAAUGUUUUCAACUUGUUUUUGAUGUUGUCCAUUUUUAGGGUAUGAAUUAAUGGUCUGAACAAACUCAUAUAUGUAUUGUUUAGAAAGAGAUACUAAAUAUUGUUGAUUCUGUGGUUUCUGCAAUAGACAA